ACCAACUUGACCCGAACACAAAACCCAUAAAAUAUCCCAUUUUUUUUUCCUCUGUCCCACUUCAUUCCAGCUUCUACACAAUCAUCACCACCGAAGGCACCGAUUUCUCCUCCAUUGCACUCUACCUUACUGCAACCCUCUCUCUCAGAACAAUGAUCAAAGACUUUUCCUCUCCCCUUUGUCUCUCUCGUCUUGGUGACGUGAUGGCUGCUAUGAUUACUUGGGAUGGUGGCUAAGGUUUUUGGGGGUGAAGGUGGUCUAGACAACGUCGAUUUUGAGGGUGUGAUUUCGGUGGAGGCAGAUGUAACUGUCGCAUGGGCGUUGUACGGUGGUAGUUUUGGUGUUUUGUGCAGAUUUUGGGGUUGGGGGUGUUCUAGAUGGUGGCAAAUAUGGGUGGAUGGUGUUUCGGUGGUGAUGGAUUGGGGUAGAAAAAGAAUAUUCGGUGUUUUUGUGUGCUUGUAUGUCACAAGACUGAAUCAAUCAUCUUUUGGCAGUAUAAUUGGAGAAAACAAACAUCAUGGGACAACUACAAAUCCAUGUGCUUCAGAUCGGGUACCUGGAGGAUCUUCUAAUGGAUCUGCAGUUGCAGUCGGUGCAAAGCUUGUGGAUUUUUCCUUAGGUACUGACACUGGAGGAAGUGUAAGAUUUCCAGCCUCAUUUUGUGGGAUUUUUGGGUUCCGGUCUUCUCAUGGAGUUGUUUCUACUACGGGGGUUAUUCCUAUGGCACAGAGUUUUGACAUUGUGGGUGAGAAACCAUCUAACUACAAACAACACAUCCUUCACAUAAUUGAUAAGACUGAUGCACUAAAUGCUCAACUCUACACUUGA